CACUGGCACUCCCACAAUGCAGCGGGGUAAUGUAUUAACAUGGCGUCAAUGCUUGCUGUUUUGACCAGGGCCGUGGGAUUUGAAAACAUUAUGUAGACCAGAACCAUGGAGAUAGCUAAACAAUAAUUUCGAAUCAACUUAAGAGUUCGAAACUAGCUCAGGCGGACGACCGGGCAUCGCAGCUAACCUCAGUAACAUUACGGAGAGGGCUAACAACGUACUCUGCAGAGCAAAGCAACCCCAGGAAGUAAGCGUGAAGCAUUCCCAUAACGUAAGACGGUACAUUUAACCUUUAAUGACUUUGGGUGGCCUGCCUCCCUGGCCAUCUUCAGUGUGGUGUUGACUCCACCAGGAAUAAGAGCAGAAGAAACAAAGGGAUGGAUGAGUCCUUAAGUCCAGUAAAGCCAGUCAAACAGUCUCAGCUCAGAGGAGCUAAAGCUUUAUCCACUGAGAAAUCAAAUAAAGAGACUCUUGUGCAGAGAGAGGGUCAUAAGUCUGCAAGCCGCAGCAAAGAAAACAGCACGACUGCCAAGGAUGAACAUAAUAUAGGCAGCCAGGUUAGCCGUGGGCAAGGCAAGACUUCUACAGAUACUCCCCAGGACAAGAGAAGAGGUCGGCCAUCCAGAUUGAGUAGGCUGACUGGAAGAACGGGUUCUGGGGAGAGAGGCAAAGGAAAAGGGGCAAGCUUACAGCAGCACCUGGUGCCACAGGCUUCUGAGUCCAGAACAUCUCUUUCUGCAGACAGCAGCCCCUCAGCAAACAAAGAGAGCAGCUCUUCUGUAGUGCCUGUUACCCCUGACAAAGGGCUUACAGAGCAGGCUAGGAGCUCUACUAGAGCCCUGGCAAAAGAAAAAUCCCAAGUGUUGAAAGCCGCAACGCUGAUGAAUCAGUCUGUGCAAGAGGGCCCAGAGGUGAGGCCCACUGUGGAGGAAGGACCUCUCACAGAGCAACAGCUGGGCCUCCGACAGGCAGAGGAGCGUCUCCGCAGAGACUACAUCUACCGACUGCUGAAACAGUCCCCUGAGUACCCAAACUACCAGUACAUAUGCAAGCUGUGCUCUGUGCACAUUGAGAACAUUCAAGGAGCACACAAACACAUCAAGGAAAAGAGACACAAAAAAAACAUAAUGGAGAAACAAGAGGAAAACGAGCUGCGUGCCCUGCCACCUCCUUCUGCUGCUCAGCUGUGGGCUGUCAAUGCCGCUGUCCUAGAAACUGCCAGGCAGCAAGGGAUAUCAGAUGAAGACUUUGAGAUUCGAAAGACAGUGGUCAGCAGGAUGGAGAUCAUUAUACAGAAACACCUCACAGCUUGUUCGCUCCGUCUCUAUGGUUCGUGUCUUACCCGUUUUGCCUUCAAGACAAGUGAUAUCAACAUUGAUGUCACCUACCCUCCCUCAAUGACACAACCUGAAGUCUUAAUUCAGGUGCUGGAAAUCCUCAAAAACAGUCCCGAGUUUUCUGAGGUGGAGUCAGACUUCCAUGCCAAAGUACCUAUCGUGUUCUGUCGGGAUGUUAGCAGCGGUCUGAUGUGUAAAGUGAGUGCAGGAAAUGAUGUUGCUUGUCUUACGACCAAUCAUCUGGCAGCCCUGUCUAAACUGGAGCCCAGACUGAUUUCACUGGUGUUGGCCUUCCGCUACUGGGCAAGGUUGUGUCACAUUGACUGUCAGGCUGAAGGUGGCAUCCCUUCAUACUCCUUUGCCCUCAUGGUGAUCUUCUUCCUGCAGCAGAGAAAAGACCCUAUCCUCCCUGUCUACCUGGGCCCCUGGAUUGAAGGCUUUGAUGUCAAACAUGUGGAUGAAUAUCAUUUGACUGGAAUUACAAUGGACAUGUAUGUCCAGUGGGAGCAUAGAGCUCCGACCUCUACCGAAGGACGGGGAGAGAACAGAAACGAGGCCAGGGGAGAAGGCAGAGCCAAACCUCAACACCGCAAUGAUGCCCCUAACUCAGAGGGCUUGAUCCGCCUAACCUUCAACGUGGGUAAAGAUGUUGCGCUGGGCCAGUUAUGGUUGGAGCUUUUACGUUUCUACACACUGGAAUUUGCACUUGAAGAAUAUAUCAUCAGCAUCCGCUUAAAGGACCUCCUCUCUAGGGAAGUGAAGAACUGGCCUCGUCGCAGGCUUGCUAUCGAAGAUCCGUUUGCCUUGAAGAGGAACGUUGCUCGAAGCUUGAACAGCCAGAUGGUCUUUGAGUACAUCCAAGAGCGUUUCAGAACAGCUUACAAGUACUUUGCUUGCCCUCAGAAAAAGGGCACCGGAGGACACCAAACAAAGAAGAAAGCAAGGGCACAGGGUGUAAAAUUGGAAGAAGCUGGGAAGAAAGAGCCUUCAUCUACAUACAAGGAUGAGAAUAACAUCAAAGCAGAAAAAAGCCAGAGUGUUCAAAGAGGGCACCAGGGAUCAAAGGAGGACGAAGAGCCUGACAGUGAUGAUGAAGAUGGUUCAGAUCCAUCCAAAGAAAGAAAUGAGAGCACUUUAGACACCCGCCUCAUGGACAUGCUUCUCAGUGAGGGAAACACACUUUCCUCCUCCCCCAAUGGCCUGCUGGACAGUGACAGGGAAGAAGAAGAGGAAGAGGAGGAUAACGGAGUUUCAGAGGAUGACGGGCCUGUUGCACCAGAUGAUCUGCACUAUGUGUUUGACAAGAUGAUUUUCACUUGUGGAAAGCCUCCAACUGUCGUAUGCAGCAUUUGCAAACGAGAUGGUCACCUGAAGGACGAGUGCCCUGAAGACUUUAAGAAAAUCGAGCUGAAGCCUCUGCCCCCUAUGAAUGACCGCUUCAGAGAGAUCCUCGAUGGCCUCUGCAAACUAUGUUACUAAAAAGCCCAGCUUUGCUUGUUUGGAUCUUCCAAAAAUGGCUUUGGAUUCCGUGACAGUGACCUUGACAUCUGCAUGACUCUGGAGGGCCACGAAACUGCAGAGAACCUGAACUGCAAAGAAAUCAUUGAAGGCCUUGCAAAAGUGCUCAAGAAGCAUACAGGUUUGAGGAACAUCUUACCUAUCACCACAGCUAAAGUGCCUAUAGUGAAGUUUGAACACAAACAGAGUGGUUUGGAGGGGGAUAUCAGCCUUUAUAACACACUGGCUCAACACAACACCAGGAUGCUAGCUACAUAUGCGGCUCUGGAUCCACGUGUGCAGUUUCUGGGAUACACAAUGAAGGUCUUUGCAAAGCGCUGUGACAUCGGUGACGCUUCCAGAGGGAGCCUCUCUUCUUAUGCUUACAUCCUGAUGGUGCUUUACUUUCUGCAGCAGAGGCAGCCACCUGUCAUUCCUGUCCUGCAGGAGAUCUUUGAUGGGAAUACUGUUCCUCAGCGGUUGGUAGAUGGCUGGAACGCUUUCUUUUUUGAUGACCUUGAGGAUCUGCGUCGUCAUCACUUAGAGAAUCAGCAGAACACAGAGUCUGUGGGAGAGCUGUGGCUGGGACUUCUACGCUUUUACACUGAAGAGUUUGACUUCAAAGAGCACGUGAUCAGCAUUCGCCAAAGGAAACGCCUCACCACGUUUGAAAAACAGUGGACCAGCAAAUGCAUCGCUAUUGAAGAUCCCUUUGAUUUGAAUCAUAACCUCGGUGCUGGAGUUUCUCGUAAAAUGACAAACUUCAUCAUGAAGGCAUUUAUAAAUGGGAGAAAGCUGUUUGGAACUCCCUUUUAUCCCGUCCCAGGCACUGAAGUGGAAUACUUUUUUGACUCUAAGGUGCUGACAGAUGGUGAAUUGGCUCCUAAUGACCGGUGCUGCAGGAUCUGCGGAAAGAUUGGACACUACAUGAAGGACUGUCCAAAGAGACGCAGAAUAAAAAAGAAGGAAAAUGAGAAAGAUGAGGACAUCAAAGAGGAGGAACGAGAGCCAAAGGAUCGGCGUUGCUUCCAGUGUGGGGACAUGGGACAUGUACGGCGAGACUGUCCUGAAUAUCGUCACCUCAAACAAAGAGCUGCCGGAGCACCAGCUUCUCACAUGGUGCGAACUAUAGUGAGCUCUCAGUCCAUCCCUAUUCCCCAGACAGCUGCAGACUGUCCUGGAAGGACCAGACAGGCCUCAGAAUGUUCUGAUAGUCGUCAGACUCCACCCUACUCACCACAGCCCACUGCUGUUCCCCCAAGUUCCACCCACUCCAGUUCUACUCAGCCCUCCCACACUAAGACCAAUUCUGCUGGUCCCCACAAGCAGUCUGCACAUCCCCAGGUCCCGCUCUCUCUCCUUAGCUUUCCUACCUCCCACCCAGGCCAGUAUCACCCAAGUGCACUCACUGCACUGGGACUUCUUCCCACCCACCAGCACCAGUCACACCAGUCCCAGGGACAGUCUACUCACCCAGUCCACCUUCCCUCCGCCUCCUGGCCUAUCCAUGGACCAGUCCUCACCUCGUCCUCUCCCACUGCCCCCUCUCCGCCUGGCAUGAAAUUCGCCCUGCGUUCAGCGUCUGGGAACGGGAGUCCCACAGGUUCAGGUGGAAACCCCAGCACCAUGAAUCUGAAUGACCCCAGCAUAAUCUUCGCCCAGCCGGCGGGGAGACAGCUGGGCAUCAGCGGGCCAGGACGGGAAGGACACUGGCACAACCACUUGGCACAACCUGGGUCACUCAUGGGCAAUGGCACUGUAGUCAAGUCAGAGUCUGGCCACCCGGCUUCAUUUGUAGCUGUGAGCCAAGGCUCUCGGUUAUGGGAGCACAAUAAAACCCCUCAGUACACUCUGUCUCCAUCCUGGCCCUACAGAAUGCCCCAGAACUUCAUCCAGCAGGGCAACGGAGGCUACCAGCAUGGUAAACCCUUUGUGGCCCAAGGUUCUAUGAUGCAUCCGAAUCCCAACUUCCCACUGGUCCCUCAUGUCCGGCAUCCAGUGAAUCUGAAUUUCAUCCAACAGAAGAAGUAAACUGGCAUCCUUUUUUAAUCAGGCUUAUGGUCAGUAAAAAAACGCAUAAAGCAUCAUUUGAUCACAAGACGAUUUUUAAAAUGAAUUUUAUCAUUUUUGUACAGUUUUUAAGUUUUACUUUUUGUGUCAUUACAUUGAUUUGUGAUACAAAUGUCAAAUAUUUUAAUACCCCCGUUUUUGAGGGGGUCCAAAAAAGUGUUUUUAUUUUAUGUGUAAAGUAAGGAGGACAAAUGUAAACCUUUAUUUUUAUUAGCUUUAUUCAUACUUUGCUUGCCACAAGAUGAAGGCUUUGAAUAGAUGUUUGUUUUAAAAACAAUCUAACAUGUCACCCUAAGUAUGUAGUGCCAAAAGCAUUGAUAGCAAGAAAAAAGGGGAAAAGUCUUAAAUAAUAAUGGAAAAAAAAAGCUAUAAAAAAAAUAAACAAAAAAGCAAACCGCUUCACUGUGUCCUGUGUGUUUAUGUCUCUUACCAACACUCCAGCAUACUAUGUAUGAUCUAGUUUGCAUUUGUGCUUUGGUCAUUAGAACUCAGACUACAAACAAUGAUGUUUGAGCAGGUUGUGACUGCAUUGAGUCCAUGUGGAGAGCAGAUGAUUUGCUGAAAUUGAAUAUUUCCUUCCAUCUAGGUACACUGGCUCCACUGAAAGCCCCCCAAAACGUUUGCACCCAGAUGCUUAGUGGACUAGUGCACAUUGUAACAUUAAGAUUGAGACUUCUUUUAUCUUUCUAAUCAGCUGCGCUGAUGUUUCUUGAGAUACUAUAGAGAGUGGAAGCAGUAAUGUGUACAACGUAUAUUAAAGAUGCCAGUUGAAGAGAUUUCUGUAGUCGAGUACAGAUGUGCAUUCUUUCUAAUGGCAAGAAGAAAGCAAUGGUGCUGUUUUCACAAAUGGGAACAUGGUCCUCAGUGUUUUAGAACAAUUUCACAACAGCACUUUACAGCUGUUACAGUUGAUUCAGUGAGCAGACCCUGCCUCUAAAGGCAUGCACAACCAACCACAGCAGCACUGUGAUCUAAUCUAGCAUUAAUGUGAUAAGUCCCAUUUGAUUUGAGAUCGAACGCUGCUCUGAAUCACUUUUGAAACAUUAGCAUUCCGAGUAGCGAUUUCUUCUCUCCUUUUUGUGGUCACAGCCCUGAUGCACUUCUCUGUUCUGUGUCGAUAUAAUCUAAUAGGAAGGGAGCCAAAUCCUUGUAAGUUAUAAUACAACAUGGAAAAAAUAAACAAAGAAAAAGGCAAAAAUUAUAAUUGCAAUGUGUCGAUCCACAGUAUUUGGCUGUGGCUAAUGCUCUGGUGUUUCUUUAUUGUAAUUUAAAAUGGUUUGGAUGAAUUGGAGACAGAUGCAUAACACAGCAGGGAUACAUUGGGAAUAAGAAGACAGUGGAAGUAAGACUCAUCACA